AUAAAAAAUUUAUUCUCGAUCAAUGAAACACCGCUAAAGACUAAAAAUUUCAGAAUAUACUCAAUUUUAGUAGGGCUACAAACUUGCGAAAUCAGAAUUAAAUUUUAAAAAAGAAAUUGAGCAAGCUCUACUGCGUUAGGUCGCCCAAGAUCACAGGCGGCGGCACCAUGAGGCUGUGGGUAUUUUGGCACUCACAGAUUUUGAAAAUUUUCGCUUUUUUCCACCAGAAACUAAUGUUUUUCUUGUCCUUGAGCAGCCAUAGUUUCGAAAUCAUUCCGCCGCCUCUGACCAAGAUCUUGAUAGUUUUUUGAAUUACUGUUUUGUUUUACAUUUUUCCUUACAUAUCACUGUGAAAUUUUCAUAAUUAGAAUAGUUUCGAAAUUUUCCCUUUCUUGAACAUAGCUGCUCAAAGAUGAACCUAUGACCAUAAAUAAUUGUAUGUCUAAUAUAAUGAUGAUGGCUGUCGUAUAAGAAAGAAAAUGUAAAGUUUCCAUUAUAAUACUCGGAAACAUUCUGACUCGAUUCACUGAAGAUUUUGCGUGUAAGAUUCAAGAAUCCAAGAUCGUCUGACAUUUGUUAAGAUCUUAGGCAUAACAAAUACCACUAUGGUAAAACUUAAGUGCUCACUUAAUGUAAGAGCUACUUAAGGAUAUUGAUGAAAUGAUCCUCAGCAGUCCUAUAAAAGGAAACAUUAAAUGAAAAGAGAAGUAUCACGGUAGAAGAUAGUGAAUAAUCUUUUUACAUCUUAGUAAAUAUUUGACGUGUUUGAGUUUAUUCAGUUAUAAUCAAUCGAGGUCUGUUUCCCUAAGAGCGCAAAUAAAUAAAGAAACAAAUGUGAAAUCAUAACCAGUGUUUCUAAUGAGAACUUGAGAUAAAAUGUAUUUGUACACAAAAUGCGCACGUACAUAAUUUGUAAAAAAAGUAACAUUUUCCUAUCCGAUCAUAUCGACCAAUUGGUUUUAUUUAUCUCAACGUCUUGGCCAGUUAUGAAGGCGUUUUAAAUUAUAGUUGAUCUAAGUCCGAUUAUUAUCAGUGAUUUCAUUCAAACUAACUUUGAUAAAACAAAUAUCCCUCUGAAAGAGUCAAAUGAAAAAGCAAAUGCUGGUUAAUUAGAUAAAUGACUUAAAUUUUUGAUAAAUUUGUCAUUCAUAAUGUUAAAGUAAUGGUUCAUGAGGUCGAAAAUGCUAUGUUAAAGCUGUUAUUCAUUUAUUAAAUUAAAAAUAUCUUUAUUUUAUUUCUGUUUGAAAAAGAGUUUAUUUCUAGAUGAAUUUGUCAGGAAUUCAAGUAUUACUAGAAGGAAACAAUUUUUUAAGGGACUGAAUAGAAGAUAUUGUAUUUUAAACUUAAAAGAAUUUGCAUAUUUUAUCAAUAUUUCAUAUCAAAGAAACAUAAUACGAUUGAAAAGCCCCAAGUUGGUCUCAAAUGAAUCAAAUAUUUAAAAUGUGACCCGUAAUGUUCAAUUUUUUUGGCUCUUUAUAUUUAAAUUAGUCAACAUCAAGUUCGAUAUUUGAGAAAGCAUAAAAGAGUCUUGUCUUAAUAAAGUAAAAUAUUUUUAUUCUUGUAACGCAAGAUUAUCAUAUAUCUAACAUAUUUUUUAUUUAAUGAGAUGAUGAUCUUGAAAUUGUAGUUCGUGCGAAAGAAAAUAAGUAGGAGAAAAAUGCCAAUGAAAUAAGCGUCCUAUGUGAAUAAUUUUUAUUUAUGUGCAAAGGUAAGAAAAAUCUUUUUCUAAAUUGUUAGUUGUAUAUUUUUAUUUUGCCUUUCUGUGUUGACCUCAAGAAACAUACGAUUUAUUUUUUUUACAUAGAGAUUUAUAUAUAUAUAUAUAUAUAAUAUAGAAAGAGAAAGAGAGAAUAUUAAACAAAAAAUGUUCAGAGACUAUAUGACAGAGAGAAGAGAAAAGAAAAAAAACUAAUAGAACUUUCAACAAUAACAGAGUACUAAUAAGAGCAGUAUACACCACUGUAAAAGGGAAAAAAAAGAUAAAAGAACGUCUUGUAUUAUUAUUGUGUUUAUCGUACACAAUGAACUAACUGUUGUAAUGCUGAAAAGACAAUGUCUACGAAUUUGUUUAUGGUCAAAAAAUAAGUUUAAUUGUAUCAUAUGACGAUAAAAAUAUGUCUGAUGUCAUUAAUAGUCAUUAAUUAAUUAAUAGCUAAAUGGAAAAGCAAACGCUGGCAUAUUACACCAUUAUUUUUUCAAUUAUUUAUAGUAAUUGUUUACAUACAAGGACAAAUGGAAACAUUUUCGGAAAUACUGGUAAGAAAGUAUUUGUAUGAAAUUGAUCUCGUUUGAUAGAAGCAUUCAUCUGAUUUUCAUAUUUUAAUUGUGAAUAGGACACAGUUGGUCUUAGGGGCGACAUGAGUUGCAUCAUCAUUUUAUUGUUAUGUACUAUAUCCCUUUAUUUCUUCCAAUAUCUACAAAUAAUAAAAAUAAAAAAGAACUUAUAUUUUAGUAUUGGCAACGCGUCGGGUAUAUAUCAUUGUAAAAUAUCGAAUAAGAUAUUCAGAAAUUUAUUUAUAUGGUAUCGAAAACAAAAAAAAUCGGCUGCUGUAUAAAUAAGUUUCUGAUAGACUCAAUAUUUAGUAGUUUUCACUUCUUCAAUGGAAAAUUAAAAUAAAUAUUUUGUAUUUUUAUCAUGCUUUAAGUUGGAAUAUUUAUUUUUCUUAUACAUGCAUAUACACACACACACACACACACACUUGUUGAGAGAUGGUAUCUUGCAUGAUACUUUAAUGUAUGCAACUGAUUGUCGACAAUAGACCAUAUGUUUUUCUAUUUAUAAGUGUUAUUGUUUGUUUGUUCGUCUCUCUUGUCCUCUCGGGAAUAUGAUUUGCACAUAAAUUGUUACAUCUAAAAUGUAUGAAUUCUUUUCUGCCAUUAAAAACAAAUAGUUGAACGUUGGCUCCAUUAUAUUAAAUUCAACUAAUUGUAUCUAUAUAUGUGUGUGUGUGGGAUGUAUAAUAGGCACGAGAAUAAAAUACUCUCAGCAUUUUGUUAUGUAACAUUCUUUUUAACAGAAUUAUCAUCUGACUAGAUCAAAUGUCUCACAGAUGAAAGUCGAUGAUUAACCUCCAUAAUUGAGAGAAUGGUUUUUCAAUCAUUUUUUUUCUAUUAAUAUUUAUGAUUGAGCACUUGUAUUACUCAUUAACAAAAAUAGAGACAUAGACAUAUAGAGAAAAAUAUAUUUUUCUCUUUAUAGUUCUAUUUUAUUAGUAAAGAGAAUAGAACGAAAAGUGAAUGAAAUAUUGAUUAAUUAAACAAGAAUAUGCGGAAAUAAAUCAGUUGAACAGACGCAGAUUGAAUGAAUAAUGACAUACAUAAAAAUUAGGCCCGUAUUUAGAACAAAGUGGUAUAUAAAAAUGAUUACAUUUUUCCCAUUACUAUGUUGAAAUGUGUUCAAAUUAUUUACUUAUUAUAUGUCUAAGUUAUUAAAUGUGACAUGAGGACGAACAAUUCAUAUGACAAAACAUUAACUUUUAUUUAAAUAAAGACAGUCGACUGAUAUUAAGUGCAAAUGUUGCUAAACAGAAAAAAAGAAAUUGAAUAAAUAUGAUAUUUUAAAAAAAUCACUAAUGGAUUUUUAUACUACAGAUUAUUUUGUAAGAACUUUUUCGUUUAAGUAAUGAUCUAGAAUGACAAAAAUCUCAUAGAUAAAACGCUAACAAGUCAUAAGAAAAUCUGUGAUUUCCUUUAUCUCUAGAAUUUAAGUCUAUGAAUUUAUUUUUACAUUAUAGAAAUUAAAUGUUUACAAGGUGAAUUUCUAUGUGAUAGUAUUUUAUGUCUACCAUUGGCAUUUGUAUGCAAUGGUGAAUAUAAUUGUCGGGAUAGAACAGACGAAUUGAAUUGUACAACUGCUAUUAUCAAUAAUGGUCUGUGUAAUUUGAAUAUAUCGAUUAAUUGUGAACAAGAAAUUUCACAUAGUAUAAGAUUAAUUGAACAUGAUUAUGAUCUAGAAAAAUUUCUGAUUGAUAAACCGAUACAAAUAUGUAUUCAACGUUCAUCUGUUUGUGAUGGUGUUGUUGAUUGUAAAAAUUCUAUUGAUGAACAAUGUACAAAUAGAAAUCCGAUGAUACAAUGUUUGAAAGAUGACGAAUAUCAUUGUACAAUAACAAAUCGAUGUAUACCAAAAACAUGGCUAUGUAAUGGAAUCAACGAUUGUAAAGAUCAAUAUGCAUCAGAUGAAUUAAAUUGUGAAAUAAAUGAGAAAACCAAAUGUUUAUCAAAUGAAAAUAAGUGUGCUGACAAUUCUCAAUGUGUUCAAGAAAUAUUUAGGUGUGAUGGUUUAAAAGAUUGUGCCGAUGGAAGUGAUGAAACACCAUCAUUAUGCAGUAUGCAGAAAUCAGCGCUUAUUACUCUCAUAAUAUGGAGUAUACUAACUCUUAUUUUAGAUCGACUACAUUUUUGUACACCCGAUCAAUUUUUAUGCAAAAGUUCACAGUUAUGUAUACCAAAAUCAUUGUUAUGUGAUACAGUGACACAAUGUCAUGAUAAUAGUGAUGAAUUGAGUUGUGUUUGUCCAAUAGAUGAUUAUAUAACGACGAAAUUAUUUUAUCGUUGUGGUGGAAAUAUAUGUAUAGAAAAAACAUUAAAAUGCGAUGGAACAAAUGAAGACUGCAUAUUGGGCAACGAUGAAACAGAUUGUCCAAUAUACACCUCAAAAAUGUGUGUAAAUAACACAUGCUCAGCUCCAAAUCAAUAUUGUAAGGGUUAUUUUAAUCGUAAACGAUGUGUAUGUGAAGGUGGAUAUCGAUUAAAUUAUACAACAGGAUUGUGUGAAGAUGUUAAUGAAUGUAGUGAGAAAGCAAUAUGUGAUCAUUAUUGUAUUAAUCUUGAAGGAUCAUACAGAUGCGGUUGUGCCGAAAACUAUCAACUAAAUAUGGAUAAACACACAUGUUCGCUGAGAAAAACGUUCAACGCCAUUGAACCGUAUAUUAUUAGUCUCGGAGAAAAUGGUUUAUAUCGCACAAAAAUGAAUGAUACUGAACUUUAUACAAUUGAUAAUGAAUCUGAUAGACAACUUUUUACUAACAGUUCGCAAGCGUCAAUUAAACUUGUCAGUGCAUCUAAUCCCUAUUUAAUUGAUUACGAUUGGUCUGAACAAACACUUUAUUAUGCUGAAUGUACAACAUCGAUACGAGAAACAAUAAUGUCAUGUGUAAAAACAUCGAAUAUUUAUUCUGUUAAAUUGAAUGAAACAAUCCAAGAGAAAAGGUUAAUUAUAAAUAGUCGAGAUUAUACAUCCAUUCAAUCGAUGGCCGUAGAUUGGCUUGGUAAAAAUUUAUAUUUUGUUAAUACAAGACUACAAACAAUUGAUGUUUCUAUUGUUAAAGGAAAAUCUCAACAUAUUGUUCGUAUGAGUAUGGAUGGCAAAAACUUAAAACUAUUUUUUACAACAAAAACAAUAUCGGAUAGAAUGAAUGUAGAUUAUUUACGUCCUUUAUUAACAAUUGAUCGUAAAUCAAGUUAUCUAUUUUAUUAUAAUGGACACGAUCAAAUUUAUAUAAUUAACAUGAAUGGACACAUUUUAUCACAACAUUAUACAUUCCGUGAAAUUACAACAAUGAGAUCGUUUCAUGCUUUUCAAAUAUUUUCUGAUAAAAUGUAUCAAUCUUACUACGAUGUCAAAACAAAACAUCGCGAAUUUUGUAUUUUAUUGAAAUAUGUAUUAGCAACAACACUUUCAGGGAAUAACAGUAAAAUGUCUGAACGUUAUCAAUUUCGGACAUCUUUGAGACCACGUUCAUUUGUGUACCAAUUAUAUGUCAAAAAGUACCCUUUGUAUAUGAUCGAUUUUGCUAUUGUUCAUCCAUCUCAACAAGUACUAGUUCAAAAUAAUUCUUGCAGUAAAAAUAAUGGUAAUUGUGAACAAUUAUGCUUAUUGAAUGCAAUGGAUCAGACAAAGGCCACAUGUGCAUGUACACAAUACUAUGAUUUGGCACUAGAUGGAAAAUCGUGUAUCUCCAAUUGUCCUACCAACUUCUUUAACUGUUUAUUAUCAAAAAAAUGCAUACCAUUUUAUCAGCAAUGUGAUAAUAUUAAAGACUGUUUGUUCGGCGAAGAUGAAGAAGAAAAAAUUUGUCAGGAAAAACAUUGCAGUAAGCAAAAUACAACGACAAUUAGUUGUUUGAAUGAUUCAAAAUGUAUAUCAUACACAGAUUUAUGUAAUAAUGUAACGUCAUGUCCUAAUGAAGAGGAUGAAAAUGAGUUGAUAUGUGGCCAUUAUUGUGAGUGGCCAAGUCUAGCAACAUGUAACAAAAAAUAUGGAAGUGUUUGUUCAACGGAUGAAUUUCUAUGUGAUGGCAAAUGUGUUGAUAUAAGUCAUCGAUGUGAUGAAACACCUUAUUGUUACGAUGGUUCCGACGAGCCAUUUGACUGUAAACAUGUAACAUGUCCCAAUAACUAUUUUAAAUGCCCAUCUGGAAAAUGUAUAUCAUUAACAAGAGUUUGUGAUAAAUUUAAUGAUUGUGAUAAUUUAGCACGAGAUGAUGACAUUAAUAAAAUAGGAGCCGAUGAGACAAACGAAGCAUGUAAUUUAUUGUUGAACACAUCAUUGAGUUUUGCGUGUUACGAUAAUCGAACGCGUAUACCAAUUAGCGAAUAUUGUAAUGGUCAUCCAGAUUGUCUCGAUUCAUCGGAUGAAGAUCAUUGUGCAAUACAGACAGUAUGUGCAGUAAAAGAAUACAAAUGUGAUGAUAGAUGCUAUCCAAGCACGAUUAAAUGUAACGGCUUUAUCGAUUGUUUUGAUGGCAGUGAUGAACAAAAUUGUUCUCAGACAAUAAUCAAUAGCAGUGCUGCAGGAUGUAACAGACCAAAUAUGUUCAAAUGUAAAACAAGCGCUUAUUGUAUUAAUAAUAGUUAUGUAUGCGAUGGUGAUUUGGACUGUAGCGAUUCAUCCGACGAAGAAAAUUGUGUGAAAGAAAAGAGUGCAUUGAAGGAUGAAACCUGUAAAUCUGGCUAUCGAUGUGUACAACAACAGAAACAACAACAAACUGGUGAUGGUACAAAAUGCAUACUUCUAACUCAACUAUGCGAUGGACAAGUUCAGUGUCCGUUAGCUGAUGAUGAACAUAAAUCAAAUUGCCUGACUUGUCCUGAAUGUGAUGUAAAUAGUUUUUGCAUUAUGAUUAAUCGUAUACCAGAAUGUCAAUGUAAACCUGGCUUUGUUAUGUUAACAACAAAUAAUACAUGUGUUAAAGAAGAAAACUUUUGCAAAUACGGCACUUGUUCAUAUGUGAACAUCACCAAUAAUUUAUGUUUUGAAAAAACAAUAGAUGAUUGUACAUGUGAUAAGGGUUUCAGAAGAGUAGUAUUAGAUGCGACCGCUGUAUCAUGUGUUUUUAGCAAGAAUUCAUCUAUUAAAGUGUUACUUUAUCCAACUAGAUCGUUUAUAAUACAACAACAGUCGUCUUUACUAAAGCCAGUCUCAUCAUCACAUCGUGUUAUAUACGCCAAACUUGUACCGAUCAAUUCAGACUUAUACUUGAUUAUUUCUGUAGAAGAACGCUACGGUCGAGGUUAUAUUUAUCAACAAAAGUUUGAAACCAAAUCAAAAGAUCGUCGAAAACGCGAUGUAACUCAUCAGAAAAUUAUUCAGUUGUGGUCAUCCCGAAUUUAUCAAUUUGUUUCAAUUGAAAUUGACUGGAUACAUCGUAUCAUUUAUGCUUAUUAUAACGAUCUAUUAUCACUCGAAAAUGGUAUUGAAAUAUUAUAUGCUAACGAAAAUUACACAAAUUUAACCUUUAUUCAACGUUUAACAUUUUCUUAUACAAAAACAAUAUCAGCUAUGAAAGUAAAUCCGUUGCAAGGAUACUUGUACAUUAGUGGUUAUUUUGAUUCACAACGUUCAUCUAUUUAUCGUUCGUGGUUAGAUGGUUCAAAUUUGGAAGUAUUUAUUCCGCAUGUAUCUUCACCUAUUUUGAGUAUGGUAAUCGAUUAUCGUCAUCCACAACUUUAUGCGCUUUUAUCAAACGGAUUAAAUCAUUCAGAAAUUGUUUCUUAUUCAUUGAACGACAAACAGCCAUGGAAAAGAACAAUUUAUGCAUUUAAAGAUGUAGAAUCCUAUAGUCUUGAUAUGCACGAUGAUACACUCAUAAUUAUGAAACAAGAAUCACAAGAUGAUUAUUAUGAAGUGUGGUUAGAUAAAUUUAAUCGAUCAAAUUUAGAAAAAUAUCAUCGAUAUCAAUUUCCAUAUAAAGUAGAAUAUAUCCAUGAAUACAAAUAUCCAACAAAUAUCAAUUCAAAUAUGGUGAAACAAGUGUGUAGUGUCGACAUGUGUAAAUCAAAUGGAAUGUUUUGUAUUACAUCACCGGAACAGCGACCAAUUUGUAUCACUCCUGGUGAAAUGCCGGUAUGUGACUAUCCAUGUCAUAGUCGCGGUAUUUGUACACGAGAUCAAUGUAUUUGUCCAAAUCUUACGUAUACUGGUGAUGAUUGUAAAAUGUGCCGUAUGAAUAACGAAACAAUUAGUUGUGCAAAUGAAUCAUUAUCAUGUGUUUGUUACUUGACAAAAUCUCUGAAAUAUCAUACUCCAUACUCGUGUACAUCAUUUAGUCACGGAGGAGAAAUUGAAGUUCCAUGUCAUCGGAUUAUUCAAAUUGUCGAUCGAAAACAAUGUACAAAAAAUUUAUUUAAUCCACCAUGUAUUGAAGAAAAUACAAUUUCAUAUAAAACAAAUGAAAGUCGUUGCAUUUGUACUGAACAAUUAUUUAACACAAGUUAUUGUAACAAUAAUGGAGUUUAUCUACUUGAGAAUGAUAAACCAAUUUGCACAUGUGAAUUACCGUUCACUGGUGAACGAUGUCAAUAUGACAGUUGUAAAAACAAAUGCAUGCAUAAUGGCACAUGUACAACGAACAUGACUCACGUUAUCUGCCUUUGUCCCGUUAAUUACAGCGGUGAACGCUGUCAAACAUGUGACUUGAAUUGUAAAAAUAAUGGUAAAUGUGUUCUGAAUACAAAUAAUAUUACAAUAUGUCGAUGUUCAACUGAAUUUACGGGGGAUCAAUGUGAACUACCAGUGUCAUCUCGAUGGCAUUUAUCAUUUAUUAUAUUAUUUUCAAUUAGUUUUAUUUUGGUUAUUAUUUAUUUACUUAUACGUUUUGGUUUCAAAUAUUUUCAAAGAAAACUUUUAUUUUCACAUCGUCGUUUAAACGAACAAUUAGGUUUAGAAGUAAACAAUCCUACUUAUACAACUGUUCCUACUACUGAAAAUCUAAAUCGAGAUGAAUUAAGUUUUGAUGAACUACUCACUAAUGACGAUACUAGUUUUCCUAAAACUAAUGUGACACCAUCCACAAAUGUUAAGCGCGAUACGAGAAAAAAUCACGAUGAUAUUGAUGAUCCAUUUUAUGUCGAUGAAAAACAACCGAUAUUCGGCGGACGGACGACGGUAAAAAUGUCAAAUAAAUCACUAAAUCGUAAUGUUAACAAUGAUAUGUUGUAA